AUGCCUAAGGCCGCCACCAAGCGAGGUGCCGCUAAGGACACCAAGAAGCGCGCGAAGAAGGACCCCAAUGCCCCCAAGCGUGGUCUUUCCGCCUACAUGUUCUUCGCCAACGAGCAACGCGAGAACGUCCGUGAAGAGAACCCCGGCAUCUCCUUCGGCCAGGUCGGCAAGAUCCUUGGUGAGCGCUGGAAGGCCCUCAACGACAAGCAGCGCGGCCCCUACGAGGCCAAGGCCGCCACCGACAAGAAGCGCUAUGAGGACGAGAAGCAGGCCUACAACGCCGAACAAGAGGAGGAUGAAUCCUCUUGA